ACUGAUUGCACUUACAUAGCUAUUGUGUGUCCAAUCGCAAAUGAACUUUUAUAUAUAUACAUACCUGUAUAUCAAUAGGAAACAUUACCAUUCCCUCAAUGUACAGAUGAUAUUUGAUGAACAUUUGAAAAUAAUGAACGUAAACAGUCGGUUUCCUGGCAGCACCCAUGAUAGUUUUAUAUGGAGUCAGUCACGAAUCGAGGAAUUUCUGAGAAUGUUGUCUGAAGAAUAUAUGGGCAGCCUCUAUUAAUUUGCUAGGUGACUCUGGAUACCCUCUACGCCCCUGGUUGAUAACCCCUUACCUGCCAGAACCCCUCAAGGCACUCCAGAAUCAAAGUUCAAUAAAAAAAUGAAGCAAAUCCGGGUUUCUGUAGAACAAUGCUUUGGAUUAUUAACAAACAGAUUUAGGUGUCUACUAAAAGACAGAGUUUUACAUUAUGCACCAGAAACUUGUGCAAAAAUCGUACACAGUUGUGCAGUUUUGCACAACUUAUGCUUAGAAAACAAUAUUCCAUUAUACAAUGAUCAGGAAGAUGUAGGUAGGUGAUGGUGACAACUUCAAGUGACGCCUUGUCAGAAGAGAGGAGCAACUUGCCACAUAAUAAUUUUUUGGAGAGGGGUCGACCCAAACGAAAUUUCCUAGCGAGAAAUAAUUUUUGAAAUAAAUUAAUGGAUACAUUAUAGUAUAUUUAUCACAAUAAAAGAGUA